ACGUUAGUAUCGAUGAUGGUCCACCUCUAAAAGGUAAAAUCAAAUGUAAUGUUUUCGGAAAGAUAAGAGCGGCGCCAAUUGAUCAUGGAAGUAGCACCCACGCACAAUUCGGAAACACACAGCAUUACCAUAGGUCAGCAACCUCGCGAAAAGCAGAUAACGAUAACCAAUCGGUAGCGCUCUUGUAAGCCCCCAAUCUUCGAACACGUGCGCCCCUUUGAGAGGCUGACGGAAUUCCCCCUGUGGUUUACGUAAAUAGAAAAAAAGUGCCGCCAUGACGGACGUGGAGAUCGCCGCGGCAAAGAAGUCCAAUCCCGUAAAGUCCUUCAUUGCGGGCGGCGUGGGUGGCAUGUGCAAUGUGGUCGUCGGCCAUCCGCUGGACACCAUUAAGGUGCGCCUCCAAACCAUGCCCACGCCCUUGCCGGGGCAACCGCCCCGUUACAAGGGCGUCGUGGACUGUGCCGCCCGCAUUCUACGCCAGGAGGGAUUUCGAGGGUUCUACAGAGGGAUUUCGGCUCCCCUGGUCGGCGUCACACCCCUCUAUGCCGUGGACUUUGCGGUCUAUGCUGCGGGCAAGCGGUUGUUCCAAACAGACGAGCACCUGCGGCUCACCUACCCACAGAUUUUUGUGGCCGGAGCGCUGGCGGGAGUCUGCUCAGCCCUCGUCACAGUGCCCACUGACCGCAUAAAGGUCCUGCUGCAGACACAGGCCGUCACCAGCGGACCCCUGCUGUACAAUGGGACCAUCGACACGGCCGCCAAGCUUUAUAGGCAGGGUGGGAUCAGAAGUCUCUUCAAGGGCACCUGCGCCUGCAUUCUGAGAGACUCGCCCACCGGCUUCUAUUUCGUGACCUACGAGUUCCUUCAGGAAAUGGCCAGGAAGAAGUCCAAGACAGGGAAGAUUAGCACCGCAUCCACGAUUCUGUCCGGCGGAACGGCUGGCAUUGUGUUUUGGACUUUGGCUGUGCCCUUCGAUGUACUUAAAAGCCGUCUCCAGUCAGCACCUGAGGGCACUUACAAGCACGGCAUUCGAAGUGUGUUUAGGGACCUUAUGGCCACAGAAGGCCCCAAAGCUCUGUUUCGCGGCAUUCUCCCUAUUUUACUGCGUGCCUUUCCCUCCACCGCCGCGGUUUUCUUCGGCGUGGAGCUCACCAAUGACUUGUUGAAAGCCUAAUCUUGGGAGUUUGUAUUCAAGAGAGGCUAUUUAGUUAAUUUCAAUAAUUAAAUGUAUUGUUAUCAAAGUUAUUUGAUUGAUUUUAUAUUGACUUUCGGUAUUUAUUAAGAAGACCGUAUAUGGCCCAGUUUAACGUUGUUAUUCGUAGUUC